AUGGGAAAAAGGAAGAACAAGGAAGAAAUCAAAAAGUUGUUGGAAUUAAACAGCAGAAUCCAACAGCUCAACAGGGAUGCUGCUGCACUUGAUUCAGAGAUAUUUAAGAAUGAAACAGCUUACCUGACAAUGACAAAGGGGAUGCCAAUAACACAGGACUGUGAGUACUACAUAAAUGGGAAGAUUGACCGUAAAACAGAAGAAAUCAGUAACAAAACCAGAAUAUUCAAUACCAGCUAUCCAGGGUGUAAUGAUAUUUAA